AUGGAAUCGGAAAUCUUAAUCAACGGUCAGCUCGAUCUUGGCGACAUGGCGGAUUUCAUCGCAGGCGACGCCUGCGACUUCGGCGACUGCUUCUCCGACGACGAGUUUGACGUCGACGAAUUGGAGCGUCGCAUGUGGAAGGAUCGCCUGAAGCUGAAGCGAAUCAAGGAUGGCCAGAAAGCGAAAGACGGCGAGAUGACGACUCCGGCAGAUGAGGCGAGAGAUGCGGCGGGAGACGCGGCGGGGGAUGCGCCGAAGGACGCGGCGGGCGAGGACGAGCAGAAGACGCGGCAGCGGCAGUCGCAGCAGGACCAGGCGCGGCGGAAAAAGAUGUCGCGCGCGCACGACGGCAUACUUAAAUACAUGCUCAAAAUGAUGGAGGUGUGUAACGCGCAGGGCUUCGUGUACGGAAUUAUUCCCGAAAAGGGGAAGCCAGUUGGCGGAAGCUCCGACAAUCUGCGCGCGUGGUGGAAGGACAAGGUGCGCUUCGACCGCAACGGCCCCGCGGCGAUUGCGCGCUACAACGCGGAGCAGGCCGCCGCUUCUUCCGCCGCCGCCGCCGCUGCUGCCGGGGGGAACGGUAGCGUGUUUCCCGGCGGGAUGGUCCCCGGCGCUGGCGGAAUUGGCGGGAGCGGGAUGGUUUCUGCGCUCGCGACGCCGCAGACGCUGCAGGAGCUGCAGGAUACGACGCUGGGAUCGCUUCUCUCGGCGCUGAUGCAGCACUGCGAUCCCCCGCAGCGGAGAUUUCCGCUCGAAAAGGGCGUUCCGCCGCCCUGGUGGCCGUCCGGGGAGGAGCAAUGGUGGCCGCAGCUGGGGCUGACACGUGGCACCGGCCCGCCGCCGUACAAGAAACCGCACGAUUUGAAGAAGGCGUGGAAAGUGGGCGUGCUGACGUCAGUGAUUCGGCAUCUGUGUCCUGACGUGGCGCGCAUUCGGAAGCUGGUUCGUCAGAGCAAGUGCCUGCAGGAUAAGAUGACGGCGCGGGAGAGUGCCACGUGGAACGCCGUGCUCGACCAGGAAGAGGCGGAAAUUCUCAAAGCGCAAGGGCGGCUCGAAGACGCUGCGAAAUUCGACCCGUUCGCUGCCGGAUCGCCCGUAAGAACCCCCGGCGCGGGUGCGUUUGAGCGCGACGGCGGAAUUACCGGCGGAAUUGGUGGAGGGAUCCGCGGAGCGGACUUGACGGGCGUGGACACGAACGCGCUUCUGGCGGAAAUUAUGAGCGGAAAGAUGCGCGCCGGCGCGAUUGAAGCGGGGGAGGAUAAGCGGAGCUUUAAAUUAUCCGCGGCUGGUAACGGGGCGGACUACGACGAGUACGCGCCUGAAGCACCUGGCCGUUCGGCUAGCAGAGUCAAGACGGAGCAAGAAAUUUUGAACAUCCCCGCUACUGUGUUCUCCAGUACAAGCAACCUCACCAACGCUUCUGCCGCUUCUGCCGCGGCCGCUGCUGCUGCUUCGCUCACACAGGGUGCGGGGUCUUUGGCUCCUGAGCACCGGGUUUUUCUCUGCCCGUUCGACCGCUGCCCGAAGCACCAGUGGAGCAACGCCUUUGCUGACCGCAACGCCCGGAACCUUCACCAAGCCUCCUGCCCGUUCCGCCCGAAGCUCGCAGGUUCGAGCUCCCCUGCUCCUGCUGGCGCUGCUGGCGUCACUGGUGCUCACACCGGUGGUGCUAACACCGGUGGUGGCAGCAGCUGCCCCAUUCGCAGGAGCGCGAGUGCCUCCUCCUUCCUUCCUUCUGGAAAUCCCGCCACCGCCGCCGGCGCUGCUGGUGUGGCUGGUUCUGCUGGUGGUUCGGCUGUAGCGAGUGGUGGCGGCAGCAGCAAGCCGUCUGGCAAGGACCCUGCCGCGUUCGCGUCCGCGGCUGCUACAGCCGCCGCCAUCAAGGCGAGCAUGCAGCAGCACGGUCAGCAGAGUCAAUCCAAGUCAAGGCUCUCAAACUCCUCCCGUGCCCCUCCCGCUCCUGCCACUCCUGCUGCAGAGCCUGCUGCUGCUGCACAGCCAGUAUCCCACCCGAAUUUCCCUUACAACAACCACCAGCAGCACCAGCAGCAGUACCAGCAGCAGCAGCAGCACCAUCAGCAUCAAGCUCAGUUAUUGAGACAAGGAAGCUUUCCGGGUGAUUCCUUUCACCCGCCUCCUGCCAUUGGCCUGCCGACAGGAGCUGCCCCGGGCAGCGGGCAGUUCGGAGAAAUGUUUCCAGGGAUGAUGUUCGGGCAGCCCGGCAACAUGAUGGGUGAGAAAACGGGGAGCGACGGGGGCAUCGGAAGCAUGACAUCAAGCAAUGAUGCAGUGAGCAACAACCACAACCGAGUGAGCAACAUCAGCAGCAGCCAUGCUCUGAGCAACACAGGCUUGAGCAACAUCGGGGGCGUCAGCAAGAGUAGCAGCACUGGUAACUCCGCAAGUAACCAAUUCACUCGUCCGUCCGUUCUCCUCCCUUCUGCCACGCCUGCUUCUCCUGCUGCUCCCGCCAUCUCGCCGCGCCUCGCUGCUAUAAUCGCCCAGCAGCAGCAGCAGGAGGAGUUGAUCGCAACCGUUGGAUCGUGGGCCAAGGGCCAGCUCCAAACCAGGAUGAAGCGCCGAGCCUUGUCGGACCUCCAAGCCUUGGUGCCUGGCGAGCGCACGCUCGGCCGGACCAUGACCGAGCCUAUGGCGGAGGUUCGGGAUGAAGCUGACGGGGCGGAGGGGAGUGGUGCUGCUGCUGGUGUGGGCCAGUUCGGUGGGUUUGAGAAACUGGCAGGAGAGGAGUGUGCGAUUGGUGGUGGGGGGGGUGCUGAUGAGUUGGGUAUGUGGGAUGGGGGCAUGAUGGGGUGUUAUGGUGGCAGCAACGGCGCCAGUGGCAGUGGCGGCAGCGGCGGUGGUGCUGCUGCUGGUGCUGGUGGUGUUGAUGGUCAUGAGAACAUGUUCGGGAUGGGUGAUGCUGCUGCAACAAUGGCAGGAGGGAUAGCUGGAGGGAUAGCAGGAGGCUUAGGAGGAGGUUUGGGAGGAGGCCUAGCAGGGUUAGGAGGAGGACAUGACCCUUCGAGGCUGAUGGGUCAAUUGAUGGAUGAUGACUUGCACUACUUCAGCUGCUGA